CCGCCCCUUCCGGUGACCGCAACAUGUCCGCCUGCAACAUGUUCCUGCAGGCCGAUGCCAGCGGAUCUGGAUAUCGACCAUAAGACUGUGAUGGGCAAUAGCGUAGCUCCAUAUUCGGAGCAUGUGCUGGUUUCGACGGGACGAAGCGAUUGGCCGAGCAGGAUAGAGGACGAUGAGUCCACUCCGGUCGUCGCGGCACUAAAGGGGGCGUUUGGGAGAGGAGGGAAGUACACCGAUCCAUUUCAUAAUGUAUUGACCUCCACAUCGUCGUUGAAACCGACCGACUCGACCGCAGAUACCAGCUCCGUUCUCCUAUUCCCCAGCUUUCAAUACUUCCCUCGGAUCGAGAAUACAUCCCCCGCAAUGGAGGCGCUAGUCAAGGGAUAUCUGCUCCCGACAACGCUCCACAAACACCAUGACGUCUUGUCUCCGGAACAGAAAGCUGGCCUGACCAGGGACGAAAGCUUUCGGUCCGAGCUCGAUGUCAAGCCCGUGCAGGACGUAACUGUCCUCAUUUGCGGCCAUGGAGCACGAGACAACAGAUGUGGUGUCCUGGGACCUUUAUUACAAGCUGAGUUCGAGGAUAAGCUUGCGAUGGCCGGCUUCGAUGUGCGGCAAGAUCCGCCGGGAUCCGCUCCGGAGAAUGGGCAGAGUAGCUCAAGGCCGGAGACGGCGCUUACAGCAAGAGUUGGUCUCAUCAGUCAUAUUGGCGGGCAUAAGUUCGCGGGCAAUGUCAUCAUCUACAUGCCGAACUCGAGCAGCAGUCAUGGGCUGUCGGGCAAGGGGAUUUGGUAUGGACGGGUCGAGCCAAAGCACGUGGAGGGGAUCAUUAAAGAAACCAUCCAAGAAGGAAGAGUGAUCAAAGAACUGUUCCGGGGUGGAAUAGGGCGGCAUAGUGAGCCGCUGAGAUUAUAG